UUUGCAUGAUCACGUGAAUUCUGUUCGAUUGUUAUAAUAAAACGAUCAACCGGCAAGAGAACAAACUCAAACUGACUCCACAAUCUCACAAGUGCUGUCGUUCGAGCUGGUUGUACGGAUCUACAAGACAAGAAACAAUCUCCAAGAUACAGGAACCAUGCCGAGUCUCUUGCACGAAAUCACAACCCCUUUCAAGAAGGCUACUUUUGGAAUGGGCUGUUUUUGGGCCUGUGAUGCCCUUUUCGGGGCUCAACCUGGAGUUUUGAGAACACGAGUCGGAUAUGCGGGGGGCACCACUUUGGACCCCCAAUACAGAAAAAUUGGAGACCAUACUGAAGUCAUUGAAAUUGACUACGACCCUAAAGUGGUUAGUUAUGAGGAUCUUCUGAAACUGUUUUGGAGCAACCACGAGUACGGCUUAACCAACAUCAUCAAAAGACAAUACAUGUCAUUGAUCUUAUACCACGACGACGACCAGAAACGUAUUGCGGAAAUCUCGUUGAAAAAAGAAGCUCAUAAACACAACACAAAAUUAGUUACUGAAAUUAAACCAGCUGGAGCUUUCUAUCCGGCCGAAAAUUAUCAUCAAAAAUAUCGGUUGCAAGAACAUACCUGGCUGUGCGAAGAGUUAGGCUUGACACCCGAACUUCUGCAAACUUCCCACGUCGCUGCUCGUCUCAACGGUUAUCUUGUCGGGGUUGGGAAGUUAGAAGACUUUGAAAAAGACAUUGCUAAACUGGCCUUGACUGAUAAAAUCGCCAGUUUUGUUCGUGCACAACUGAUAGAAAAUGAAGGAGGAAGUUUGUAUUGCUAAGUGAAUGGACAAUUUUUAAUGGACAUCUUGCUAUUUAUAUUUAUAAGUGAUGAGUAGAUUUAGGUUUUAUGGGUCCACUUUAUGUUCAGUAUUAGGUCUAUAGUGUGCUGGACUUUGAAUUUGAUUUGUUAUUGGUGAACGUAUUAAUAAAUUUGACUUUAAGUGUUCA